AUGAGCGACCGCGAACCCACCGUGGAGACCCCUCCGACCGAUGACGACCAAAGCACAGGCUCCGGAGGCUUAUCCCCCGUAUCGCCAGGUAUCGCGCCUGUCCAUCACGCAUCAACGCCAUCACUUCCGAUCCCGGCUGGUAAUGUAGGCAUGUCCGCGCCGUCAGGGUCCAUAGCCCAGGUCAACGCCGCACGGCGGGGUCCCGGGGCAUCACCACACCCGGCCUCGAUGAGUACACCAGGAAGUGGAGGAUUAAAUCCGGACAUUAUGGCCAAAAUGAAGGCGUUCUCUCUUUCACGACAAGGCAUGCCGCAUGUCGCAUCCACGGGGCAAAUCCCCACAUCCAACGAAGCUGGUGCAGGCGGGGCUUUGGCUGGGCGGUUACCUCCUGCGCGACCUAAUCAGAGCCACUGGUCCUCAUCGCCUGCGGUUCCGUCACUUACGAGCCCAACCUCAUCCCCCCGGCCUAGCGGCCUGGCUGCUAAGCGAAUGAAGCCGGGUCUCAAGUUGUCGGACGUGACGGGCGGAACGCCACCAUCGAAUGGAACCGAGACCAAACCGGAAAAGGAGAACGGUAGUGAGUCGGCUUUUAGCAAAUACUCCGAGUUUAUCGAUACCAAGUCCGGAACCUUGAACUUCAAGAACAAGGCCAUCCUGCAUGGUGGGGGUGUGGAGUUCUCCUCUGGUCACAGUUUCAAGAUCUCCUUGGAUGAAGUUGAUCGCCUAGAUGAGCUGGGCAAAGGAAACUACGGUACCGUCUACAAAGUCCGACACAGCCGGCCUCACCUUCGAAAACCCGGCCUGGGAUUGAGUGGCAUUGUAAGCCGGUCAACUGGCUCCGAGGAUGCCGACCACGCGGGCCAAGAUAAUCUGUCCGGCGUGAUCAUGGCGAUGAAGGAAAUUCGACUGGAGCUGGAUGAGGCCAAGUUCGCCCAGAUCAUCAUGGAAUUGGAUAUCCUGCACCGAUGUGUUUCCCCCUUUAUCAUCGAUUUCUACGGCGCAUUUUUCCAAGAAGGCGCUGUAUACAUGUGUGUUGAGUAUAUGGAUGGUGGUUCGAUCGACAAGAUCUACGAAGGAGGCUUGCCUGAGAAUAUUCUGCGAAAGAUGACAUUAUCCACUAUCAUGGGAUUGAAAUCACUCAAGGAUGAGCACAACAUCAUCCACCGCGAUGUAAAGCCGACCAAUAUUCUGGUCAAUAGCAAGGGUCAGAUCAAGAUUUGUGACUUUGGUGUGAGCGGGAACUUGGUGGCCAGUAUCGCCAAGACCAACAUUGGAUGCCAGAGUUACAUGGCGCCAGAGCGCAUUGCAGGUGGAGGUAUGCAGCAGUCGGGAGCGACCAGCGGUGGAACAUAUAGUGUGCAGAGCGACGUUUGGAGUUUGGGAUUGUCGAUCAUCGAGUGCGCCAUGGGACGAUACCCGUAUCCACCAGAGACAUUCACCAACAUCUUCAGCCAGUUACACGCUAUCGUCCAUGGCGAUCCCCCUACUCUUCCUGCGGAUGGUUAUUCCGAGGAGGCACACGCAUUCGUUGAGGCCUGUCUAGAUAAGAGCCCCAAGAACCGACCAACAUACAAUAUGCUGCUUCGUCACGUUUGGCUCAAGCCCCUCAUGCAACCCCCCACCGAGGCUGAGAGCGAGGCUGUUGCCCAAGCCGAAGCAUCGGCACCUGGCAAGGGCCUUCCAUCCUCUGUCACCGAGGACAAGGAAGUCGCUGACUGGGUCAAAAAGCAACUGGAGAUGAAGAGCAAAGGACUUCUUCCCACCAGUGAGAAGCCUGCGCUACACACCGUGGCUCUGGACAAAGUAGCCACCAGUCCCAUUCCUGAUGACGCUGCUGCUCCUUCAAUUGAGGCGUGAAGCUGAUGGAUAUUUCCAAUAUUUGAACUUUUGCAUCUCUCUCUACAAUAUUACCGUCAUCCCUCAGAUAUUUAUCACAGGGCAUUUACAACGGCGCCGGCGCCGUCUUCAUUGACGACAUGAUCUUUGUCGACAUACUGGUUUGACCCUGUCUAGCGCCCAAUUGCCUCUCGCCGCACCAUGCAAACGCGCUGAUAAUCAAAAAUCCGACUUGAUAUCUU